AAUAUUAUCUAUAUGUAGAAACUAGUGCUCAAUUCCAUGACUAUUUAAUCCUUUUACUAUAAGUACACGCCGAACACAGCGUCAAUUAUAUGAAAUAGUCUGAGGAGUGCAUGCGGUGAUAUGACGCUGUGCUUUAAGAUGUUUUGGGUCGUGUUUUCGCUGUUUAUUGCGAGCAAAGUUGUGAGAGCGUCCGAGGAACACCGGACUAGAAACGACGACCCGGGCCCGUGUAAUGCAUGUAAAGUCUUCGCGGAGUCCUUCGAAAAGGGUCUACACCGCACAGCCCCAAUCUUUGAGACCCGGAGCCAAGAACGCCUGACAAACAUCCUGCAGGGGGUAUGUGAGGAGCCCCGCUACAAGAGCAAGUGCCUCGAGACUGCUGGUGUGGCCCGACCCCAUAUUGAACAGUGGUGGUGGCAGCAGGAGCCUCCGGAGUUCUUCCAGUACAUAUGUAUUGAUAAACUUGAGGUAUGCUGCCCGAAGCACGAGUACAGUCGCUCAUGCCAGCCGUGCCCCCGCGACGCGGGCGGCGCGGUGUGCGGGGGGCGCGGGCGCUGCCGCGGGGACGGCACGCGGCUCGGGAACGGGACUUGCCACUGCGACGCGGGGCACGAGGGCGAGCUGCGUCAACACUGUGUCACCGGUUAUUACAAAGCUACGGAAGGCUCAGGACCGGAAUGUAAGCGGUGCCACUACUCGUGCUCGGGCGGCUGCCGCGGGGGGGCGCCACUAGACUGCGUAGCUUGCCGGCCUGGCUUCACGUUUGAGCCGGAUGUCGGGUGCCACGACAUUAACGAGUGUAACGACAUCAGCAUCUGCGGCAAGAACGAGUUCUGUCUCAACUCGAUGGGCUCAUACAAAUGUAUGGCGUGCGACCGCGCGUGCAAGGGGUGCUACGGCGACAGUCCGGACAUGUGUCGGAAGUGCGCAAAAGGGUACUCGAAGAAGGGCGACAUGUGCGUCCGCGACCGCGAGGACGAGGAGUUGGACCAGAUGACCACCACCAGAUACAUGACGUACCUGGGCCUGCUGGUGGCGGGCGGAGUCCUAUGGGGCCGCGCGCCCGCGCUGGCGGCCGGGGUGGGCGCGCUCACCAUCUCCUACAUCGCGCUCGCAGAAUACUACUGCAGAGUCAGCGGGCACGCCUCGCUGCUGGACUACCCGCUGUUUACUAUUUAAAAAUCUUAACAAUAA